AUGUCUUAUACGGCGUCCCUCCCAAACCUCAACACCAAAGAGGCCAUCACCGACGCCCUAUACCGUGCCGCUAUCGGCUUCGACCGCAAUGACAUCUCCAUCUUCGACUCCACAUUCACCGGAGAAGACUUCGUCUUCGAGCUAAAAUUGGGCACAGACGAAAAAAGGACCAUCAAUGGUCUGCCUGCAUUCAAAGCACAAGUCCUUAACCACGUCGGACCAAUGGACACCACCCAUAUGAUUAGCAACGUCCGAGUCAAUCACAACGAAGGAGAGGAUACUGCGUCCCUGACUGCAUAUGCAUUGGCUCAGCACUGUCCGCCUGGCAGGGGCAAGGAGCCGGAUGGACCAAAGUACAUUUCCGGUGGGGAGUACGCGGUUGAUCUUGUGAAGGACCUUGGCGAUGGAAUGUGGAAGAUUAAGAAGUGGGUUUUGGAUGUUAUUUGGACACAGGGGGAUCGCUCGGUGAUGGGGGGUGCCUAG